AUGCAUUUCCUCCUACUCGGCGCCACUGGACGGACCGGCAAGCACGUUGUGUCUGAAUUACUCUCUCAAGGUCAUACAGCCAUAGCACUCGUCCGUACCUCUAGUAGCCUCACCACUCGUCCUGGCCUCACCGUCGUCACUGGGUCACCGCUAUCGGAAGACGACAUCCGUGGCGCUCUCGCCGCAGCGCCAGGUCUAUCACCUUCUGCAGCCAUCAUCACAUUGAACACGGUCCGCAAGUCCGACAGCCCUUUCGCAGCUCAGCUCUCACCUCCUCGCUUCCUGGCCGACUCGUGCGCCACCGUUUGCAAAGUUCUGGAGCAGGCUGGCAUUCAUCGCGUUGUUGUCAUGUCCACGGCAGGAGUCGGGGAUUCAUGGGCUAAACUACCGUGGCUGAGCAAGGCAUUCAUGGGCUGGACCAACAUCAAGUACGCGCUCCAGGAUCAUAGCCUCGUAGAUGAGGAGAUUCGCCUGACCAAGAUGGAUUGGACUCUUGUAAGGGCUGUGAGGCUCGAAUUCGACGAUCUGAAGAAGCCGAACGACACAAAGACGGACGUGGAAACGCUAGGCAGCUCGGGGGAUAGAAUGGGUGUAUCCGACAGUGUGACUGUUACUAGUGUGGCUAAGUUCCUAGUCAAGGUUGCCGUCAAUGGACUCUUUAUUAAAGAGGCAGUAGUUGUGAGGAAUUGA